AUGGUUUUUCAUGAAAGUUAUUCAUAUCUUCUUACUCAACUACCAUCUUCAUUAAUAAAAGCUGGAUGGAAUCGGCUUACAACUCGAAAAAAAAAUCCAUUAUCAGAAAGUGAAGCCAAAAUAGAGACAGAGUCUUAUUGUACAGUGAUACCAGUUUCAAAGCCCAAAAAGUCAGGAUUCGAAGAAGAGACAAAGUCUCGAAUCUCUAAUUCUUUCCCUAAUAGCUUGCUUUAUAGACCCGAAGGGUCAUACUCUGAAGAAGAGGUUAAUGCUAGAAUCAAAGAAGCUACAGAUAAUUUAUGUCAAGAAUUUAUUAAAUCUACUGAAGAAACUUUAAAACUAUUAAGCAACAGAAAGAUAUAG